CUCACACACACACGCCGCCUUCGUCCAUCAAGAAUGGUCACCACACGAGCGAAGGGCGAUGCUGAGGCAAUUAACGACGAGGUGACCGCUUUGGUACACAACGGCGGCGGCGGAGGCGAAAACGGAAACGGGGGCUCGAAAGAGUGCAGGAGUAGUAGUAGUAGUGGCGCGGAUCCGUUGGACGAUAACGAGGCCGUCAAGACCUACAUCAGGAACUGCCGAGCAUACGAUGUCCCGGUGGACCCGAGCGUGGUGAUCUCGCUCAAGACGGAGUGGGACGUGUUGCAGCCGACGAGAGGCUUCGGGGCGGGCUCCAUGCUGCCGCUCGCCGGGGUGCUGGACACCAACAAGCACGUCAAGAAGCUGAGGCUAAGGGGAACGGGGUCCACGCAGCGGAGACCCGUCGCCGGCGGGGGCAACUCCAACGCGCGAAUCCUGGGACGCAUCUUGGCUCAGAACGACACCAUCGAGCAUCUCGACCUCAGUAACACGGGGCUUGACGCGGACGGUAUGCGCGAGCUGUGCGCCGCUUUGGAGAAGAACUCCUCCCUGACCGACCUCAACCUCUCCAGGAACCGUUUCGGGGCGGAGGGCGCGUCGGUGCUGGAAGGGACGCUCGACUCCGCGCCUGCGCUCAGAGCACUAGACGUUCGAAGCAACGCCCUCGGGUACAAGUCUAUCGCGAAGAUCCAACGGCGCUGCUGCUGCCGACCGUCCGGUUGCCGAGAACUCGCGGUCGAGGUGGAUGGUAACUUCGUCUUCGAAGAGGUUUUGAACGCCGGCACGCACGGGGUCGGGUUCGUGGCGGCCAUAAUCGGGGCGUUCUUACUCAUGACGGAAGCUUCCCAGGAGGGAAAGAGCCCCGAGCACUUCUGGGGCUGCGCGAUCUUCUCGGCCAGCCUGAUGUUCCUCUACCUGGCAUCGACUCUCUACCACAGCUUCUUCAUGCUGCCGUACGUGAGCGGCCUCCUCUGCAUCGCCGACCACUGCGCCAUCUACAUCCUCAUCGCCGGCAGCUACACCCCGUUCAUGCUCAUCUCGAUGCACGGGAGCUCGCUCGGAAGGACGGUCAUCAUCGCGCAAUGGCUGUGUGCUCUCUUCGGCUGCCUCUUCAGCAUGACAAGUUACUCCUUGGACUUCAAGGGAACCAUGUACGUGGAGCUCACGUUGUACCUUGGCCUGGGGCUUUCCGUGCUGCUCGUUUGGGACUCGGUUCUCGAGCACAUGCACCAGGGGGAGCUCAUGCUCAUUGCCGGCUAUGGUGGGGCUGCGUGUUGUUGGGUGUGCGUGUGCCUUGUGUAG